CGCUACAUCACUGAUAUCGUCGUUGUCCCACGGUCCACGUUGCCAGUGACCUACACUACGACUUCCGCUUCGAGACGAGCUUGGAGAAACGAUCUGCGCCGGCUGGAAGUUUAAACCUCGCUGUUUCCCUCGACAUAGCCGGUCUUCCCCAGCUUUUCUACCUCACCCUUCAUUAUCACUCUUCAUUAUGCAGGAAGUCCCUCACGUCCCCGGCGCGCAGGCCCCUCGUCAGGGACCUGGCUACGAUGCCGCACAUAACGGCGACGUGUACGCCCCCGCGCCACCGGGCUACAGCCUGGAUGGCAUAUCCGAGGGCAAAAAGAGCGACCCGGAACUUGCGCCUGUUGACAAGUCCCCGACCGUGCAAGAAGGUCACGAAAAGUUCAACCGCUUGGGAUGGAAACGUCUCACUGUCUGCCUCAUCGUCGAGGCUAUUGCUCUUGGAUCUCUCAGUAUUCCCAGCGCUUUCGCAAAGCUCGGUAUGAUCGCUGGUGUGAUCAUGUGCAUCGGACUUGGACUCAUCGCAAUCUACACGUCCUACGUCGUCGGACAAGUUAAGAUGAGAUAUCCACUCGUGAACCAUUACUCGGAUGCUGUCGAACUCAUCUGGGGACGAUUCGGAAAAGAAUUGACUGGUGUCAUGUUUGCGCUCUUCCUCAUUCUCUUGGUCGGAUCGCAUGCGCUCACUGGUACUAUUGCCUGGAUCAACAUCAUCGGCAACUACGACACCUGUGCUUUGGUGUGGAGUGUGAUCUCUCUGAUCAUCCUUUUGCUCCUCGCACUGCCACCCACGUUCGCCGAAUUCGCAUGGCUCGGCUACAUCGACUUUGUCAGCAUCAUUGCGGCCAUCCUCGUCACUAUUGUCGCUACUGGUGUCCAGGCGCACAACGCACCUGGCGGUCUCGGUGCAGUCAAUUGGUCUGCAUACCCACCCCCAGAAACUACUUUCUACGAGGCUUUCCUUGCGACCACCAACAUCAUCUUCGCGUACUCCUUCGCUGUCUGCCAAUUCUCAUUCAUGUCUGAGAUGCACACUCCGAAAGACUACGUCAAGUCCAUCUGGGCGCUCGGCUUGAUCGAGAUCUUCAUCUACACAAUUACCGGUGCCCUCGUUUACGCAUUUGUUGGACAGGAUGUCAAGUCGCCUGCUCUUCUGUCUGCCGGUGACACCAUUUCCCGCAUCGCUUUCGGAAUCGCACUUCCUGUCAUCUUCAUCUCCGGUAGUAUCAACGGUACCGUCGUCGGCCGCUUUAUCAUGGAUCGCGCGUUCGCCAACAGCCCAAUCCGAUUCGUGGCAACCCCGAAGGCAUGGGGAGUCUGGUUUGUGCUGAUCACUAUCAUUACAAUCAUUGGCUGGAUCAUCGCUGAGGCUAUCCCCUUCUUCAAUGCCCUCCUUGGGUUGAUCUCUUCGCUUUUCAUCUCUGGUUUCACAUUCUACUUCCCUGCGCUCUUCUGGUUCCAGCUCAUCAAGGUCGGCAAGUGGAACGACGGCUGGAGAAAUAUUUCGCUCUCCAUCUUGAACUCUUGCACGUUUUUGAUCGGCAUUGCAGUCCUCGGAUGUGGUACAUAUGCAUCGGUCGAGGACAUCAUCACACAGUACAACUCGGGCAGCGUCAGGGGUGCGUUCACUUGUUCCGCCCAGUCUUAUGCUUAA